AUGGCGCAUAGUCCUCAUACCAGCGCCCGAGAGAUCAUUGCUGAAAUAAAAGGCCAAUCGCUUGUGCUACCUGACUUGUGGCAUUACAUGCCCGCAGAAGACUGGCCAGUGAGUCUGAACCCAGACAUCACGCGCCUCCGCGAGCAUGUUCGGGAACGACUUCAGUGGAUGAUUGGCCGCAUCCCGAGCAAGCAGCAAGGACUUCGUAAAGUCGAAGCGCAAGAUCUGGGUCGCUUCGGCGCAGGAUGGUGGCCGUAUGCAGACUAUGAGCGUAUGGAGACCUGUACAGAUCUAUGCACUUGGCUAUUCAUCUGGGACGAUGAGAUUGAUGAAGCAGGAGGAGAGUUCAACUCUGAUUACGAGCACGCCCAGAGAUGCCGUGAGGACAUCAUGCAUUUCGUACGUGCAAUGUUAGAUCUGCCACCAUAUAGGAUAGUCAAAACGUCCUUUCGACCGAUCUUAGAGACAUCUCGGGAUGUCUGGCAAAGACUUUGUAUGGAUAUGACGCUACACGAACGACGCAAUCUUGCCAAAGAGGUUCGCAUCUACCUGGAAAUGGUCGGAUAUGAGCAAGGCCUGCGUGUUGAUCAGUCUUUGCCGACUCUCGAAGAGUAUUGGCGUUUAAGGAUGGCUACAAGUGCUGUAAAGGUUGUCACUGCGACGUUGCUGUUGGUCUACAACUGA